AUGACAGCCCCUUCACGGGUCUACCGAGCGGGCCUCGGCCUCCCUCCAGCUGUCACCAUCACCUCUGCCCCAUACCCUCCUCUCGCCAAUCCUCUGCCCGCCCCUUCUUCCCCUGACCAGUCCGAAGUAGCUCCCGACUUUCUCUCCGGCGCCAACGCCAUCAUCGCCCAGCCCCGUAACCGCUAUCCUCAAGGCUAUCCCUCCUAUGCCCACUGGAAAGAAUGGCACAUCAAUCCCGCGCAUCACGGGCCGGAAGGAUCGACCGGCCCGCCGGUAUUCGUACCUUCUCAGCUGAAGUACGAUGAACUGGGAAGGUCUAUCCUGCACGGCUUUGACGCGGAGGUGGACACAGGUGCAGAAGAUAGGGAGGGGAGGGAGGAUGGGGAAAAGGUGGCGGAGUGGUAUGACUCAUUGGCGGGACGGAGUCGAGGAGUGUCGGUCAGCGAGGAAGGAGGGAACGCGGAAGCGGGGCCGUCCAAGCCGCGAGCGCGCAGUCCUGGGCCAGUCAUCGACCUCACCGGCGAUGAUGAGGAUGAGGACAUAGUCUUACCAUCCCAGCCCGCUAUGGGUGCAGCACAAGCCCCCAUCCGGGUCCAUCGGAACGAAUGGUUCAUCCGCCGCGCGCUCGCUUCGUCCGCUUCGGCAGCUCCCACUCCACCCCGCCCCGCUGUUACCAGCUCCAUCAGCUCCCUCCUCAAUAUUCCCACCCGCGUCAACCGCGCUACGGAACCGGUAUACGCCCUGGGACCAGACCACAUCGGACAUCAAAUCCUGCGCGAGCGGCUAGGAUGGGGCGGAGGCGGGUUGGGCAGGCCUGAAGGAUGGGAGCCUCCGGCGCCACCGGCGAGGGUAGUAGAAGAACGCCAGGCGGAAGGGAGCAGGGCAGACGCUAUCGUCAUUGAGGACUCGGACGACUCUGCGCCUUCGGGAGAAGAUGAGGACGAGGAGGAUCUCCCGCCUACCGUCUUUGGGCCGGGGCGAACAGCACCCAUAGCUACUACUCUCAAGCUGGAUCGGCUAGGACUAGGCCAUCGGCUCUCUGCCGAUAGGCCCAAGAGGAAAUCAGGCGGGAAGGCGAUGUUGAAGGAGGGAGAAGGGCGGAAGAAGGUCACGCACAGCCACGAAGAAAUCUUGGAGGCGCAGAGGCGGGCAAGGUACUCGCGUUCUGGGGCAGUGAAGCAGGCGGGAGGGGCGGAGGAGUUGGGGAAGAAGGGCAAAAUCAGGUGGAAAGAGAGGGACAAGAAGGAUAGGGACGAGCGGAGGCGGAUGAUAGCUGCGUUAAAUGACUAG